AUGGAUUAUGGGGAGGGCAAAAGAUUAGGUUUUGUUGCAUAUCUGACAUCGUCGAUGCAAGAGGAAUUGUUUGAUGAGGGUGAGGGAGUGAUUGAUCGUGAUGGUGUCAUAAUGUCAUUGGAUUUAUUUUCUACCGGGUAUUCACUUUCAUCGUACGAUAUGAUGAGGGCUGAGGGCUGA